AUGAAAAAUCCCACACGGCGAGCAGCCACAGCCAGUGCCACCGUCAUCCUGGGCCCCAUCGCAUUCCAGCUGCUGAGGGACAACCAGCUGGCCAAGGGUGAUGCCCUGGCCGUGGCACAGUUGUCUGGCAUCAUGGCUUCCAAGCAGACCUCAGCCUUCAUCCCACUCUGCCACCCGCUCCCCUUGGACCACGUCUCCAUCACCUUUCACCUGGAUGAGCUGCAGGACGCUGCGGUCAUCACAGCAACGUGUCGCACUACGGGAAGGACAGGGGUCGAGAUGGAGGCCUUGACAGCAGUUUCUGUUGCGGCAUUGACCGUCUACGACAUGUGCAAGGCCGUGAGCCGUGACAUUGUCAUCACAGAUGUCAAACUGGUCAGUAAGUCAGGCGGGAAGAGGGACUUUCAUCGUCACCCGCAGACCUUCCCCCUCAACAAUAAAUCCUCAUGAAGAAAACUGAGAAUCAAUGAUUUG